CCGAACACAUCGCAGCUUACUUGGUGACGAAGCGAUAGAAGUCUUAAACAGAAUGUAUAAGUAGACAUUCCGUGUUCAACUCAAACAGAACAACCAAAAUCAAAGGAAUCAACAAACCCUAAUUUCAAUUUCACCAAAUAUAUAAUAACUCUCCUUCUUUUCUUUUUUCCCCAAUUCCUUUCAUUCUUUCAGACUCUCAAACCCUCAAUUUGAUCAUCGAUUAUUAGUUCCUCCGAUUUUUAUUGCCCGACUAAUUUAAUCAUGUCUAAGCCCUCUUUCAAGACUCAACAUCCUUAUGAAAGAAGACAGGCUGAAUCUUCUCGUAUCAGAGAGAAGUACCCUGAUAGAGUACCUGUGAUUGUAGAGAAAGCUGGAAGAAGUGACAUUGCAGAUAUUGAUAAGAAGAAGUAUCUUGUCCCAGCUGACUUGUCUGUUGGUCAAUUUGUUUAUGUUGUCCGCAAAAGAAUUAAGCUCAGUGCAGAGAAGGCUAUUUUUGUUUUCAUCGAAAACACUCUACCUCCAACUGCUGCUUUGAUGUCUGCUCUUUAUGAAGAACAUAAGGAUGAGGAUGGCUUUCUUUACAUGACUUACAGUGGAGAGAACACCUUUGGAUCCCACUAGGGCAUAAUUUGAGACAACCUUCUGUAAAUAGCCCAUCUUAGCAGUCAAUUGUCAAAUACACAUACAUGGCUGAUGCUUAUUGCAAUGCUCUGCACUUUUUACUUAUUUUCGUUACCUUAACUCAUGAAUUUCAAAUUUCAAAUUUCAAAUUUUCAAUUUAUAUGAAUCUAGAUUUGGUUACUGCUUAAUUUGAAUUCUCGGUUACUUGGUUUCGGCAAUAUCAUAUUACUUUAUGGUGUUAUUUUUGGAUGAAAA